CUACGUUGAUGUUAUAAGGGUGACUUAAAAUGCGUUUGAUCGACAGCCAAUCCAAACGAGGUAUCGUUGAAAUCUCGUUUUCUUUAAAAUCGCGAGAGCUUAGUACGGCCUUUCUCCCCGAGCUGCUGGUGAGGAAAGUGUACACAUUCAGAACACUUCAUGAUGAGUUAUGCUGAAAAGCCAGAGGACAUAACACGCGAGGAGUGGAUGGAAAAGCUCAAUAAUGUUCACAUUCAACGGGCAGACAUGAAUCGACUCAUUAUGAAUUAUCUGGUGACAGAGGGUUUUAAAGAGGCAGCUGAGAAGUUUAGGAUGGAAUCAGGCAUUGAACCAAGUGUUGAUCUGGACUCUCUGGAUGAAAGGAUAAAAAUUAGGGAGAUGGUCCUGAAGGGACAAAUACAAGAGGCCAUUGCACUGAUCAACAGUCUGCAUCCUGAGCUGCUGGACACGAACCGCUACCUGUACUUUCAUCUGCAGCAACAACACCUGAUUGAGUUGAUUCGCCUGAGGGAAACCGAGGCUGCAUUGGAGUUUGCACAGACACAGUUGGCUGAACAGGGAGAGGAAAGCCGAGAGUGUCUGACAGAGAUGGAGCGCACCCUUGCACUCCUGGCGUUUGAUAACCCAGAAGAGUCACCCUUCGGAGACCUGCUUAACAUGAUGCAGAGACAGAAGGUGUGGAGCGAGGUAAACCAGGCGGUGCUGGACUACGAAAACAGGGAGUCGACACCGAAACUUGCCAAACUCCUCAAACUGCUGCUGUGGGCUCAGAACGAGUUGGACCAGAAGAAAGUCAAGUACCCCAAAAUGACAGAUCUUAGCAAAGGCACCAUCGAGGACCCCAAGUGAAAACGAAUCGGCAUCUCUAUGCUUGCAUUCUGCGGGGAACGAAAUGGACGCUUUCCCUUUCCUUAACUAUUUAUACUCAGUGACUGACACUCAAACAUCCUUUUAUCAAUCUUUUGUUUUGUUUACUUGUUGCUUAUCAGAGACUUUGCAUUACAUGGGCUGUGGAAAUGAGAUUAAGAUUUAAGGAUGACUUCUAGCCAAAAUGGAAACACUUUUUAUCGCAGAUGGAUUUCUGUGAUUUUUUUUUUUUUUUUUUUUUUUUUUUUUGUUACCACAAUGUUUGACUUGCUGAGCUGAGUUGAUUGCAUUUUAGCCAUUUUGUUUUUGCAGAGGAUUAUUAUCUUUCUAUUUUGUCAGUGAAUGUUCAGAAAGUCUACAAAUACAGUUGAGGACUGAACCACACUAUUUAGAUUUACCUUCUAUUUGACUGUGUCUGCUGAUGUGAGGUACCUAAGGCACAAUAGUGGUGUCAUCAAGGACUGUGAAUUGAUUGUACCAAUACGAUGAACGAGUUCUGUGUGCUUUCACAACUUUGGUUUGCAGUGCACGGGUAUACAUUUUGUAUGCGUGUAAAAGGGCCCCGUCAAAGAAAAUCUGCCCUUGUUUCGAGUACUAAUGUUAUUGCAUUAUAAUGUUAUAAAGUCAUGUGACAUUGUUUUCUACUGUACAUUGUCAUAGUAUUCCUGCUUACAUUGACAUUCAAUUGUGAUUUAUAGAUAUUGCAGAGAUCAAGUUGUAAGCUUCUGAAGUCAGAUGCUUUACUUAGGUAUUAAAUAUUCUUUUUUUUAAAUCCCCAAAUUCUAUUUGAAUAUCAAAAUUGCUGCUGUUGUUGAAUGUUAUGGCCAAAUACUUAUGCUGUGAUGCCUAAUUAAAUAUUGCAGAAGCGUG